UUUCAUAAUCCACUUCCUCCACUUGAAGAAGCGCCAUUUUCGGCGUUGUCACACAGCAUGUCGCUAAUGUUUAAGGCAUAAUAAGAACGAAUUUCAGUGUUUGUUAUUCUACGUUAGCUUUCCAAGUACUAUCUGAAAGAUGGGGCGAAAGAAGAAGAAGCAGAUGAAGCCAUGGUGCUGGUAUUGUAAUCGAGAUUUCGAUGAUGAAAAGAUCCUCAUCCAACACCAAAAGGCCAAACAUUUUAAGUGCCAUAUAUGUCACAAGAAGUUGUACACUGGUCCAGGGCUGGCAAUUCACUGUAUGCAGGUUCACAAAGAGACCAUCGACGGGGUCCCCAACGCUAUACCAGGAAGGGUAGACAUAGAGUUGGAAAUCUAUGGCAUGGAAGGAAUUCCAGAGAAGGAUAUGCAGGAGAGGAGACGGACAUUGGAACAAAAGCAGGAGAGCCAGAAGAAGAAGCAGAAUCAGGACGACUCUGACGAGGAUGACGACGAUGAUGAUGCUCCAGGCCCUUCGUUCGUUCAGCAGCAGAUGCCUGCUGCCCAGCCCCAGGCUAGCUACGUCCCUCCCAUGGCCCAGCCCAGCAUCCCCCCCGGGGCCAGGGCUCCAGGCAUGCCACCAGGAGCUUACUCAGGAAUGCCCCCUAUGAUGCCAGGUCACGGUGUCCCGCCCAUGAUGCAUGGGAUGCCCCCUGGUAUGCACGGAAUGCCUCCAGGCAUGAUGCAUGGGAUGGGAGGGAUGAUGCCUCCAAUGAUGCAAGGGAUGCCCGGUAUGCCGCCAGGAAUGCCACCUCACAUGGGUCACCGUCCUGGUAUUCCCCACAUGGCCCAGGCCCCCACCCCGGCGGGGAUGCCCAGGCCCGCCGCAGCAGCCCCUGCUGCCGUCAGCAAGCCCCUGUUCCCCAGCGCAGUACAGAUGGGCUCUCAUGUUCCAAACACCAUCACAGCCUCUCCCAGUAGCACUGCAGACUCUCAGUCUGCUGCCUCUAAGCCUCUGUUCUCUAACACUCCACAAGCCCAGCAGAGUGCCUCUGGAGCUGUGCCCCACAACGCGCCCUCCACCUCCUCUGACCCUCCCAAAGCAACAUUCCCCGCCUACACCCAGUCCUCUGCCUCCUCCUCCAACCCCCCUAGUAACACUGUGGCCAAGCCCCCAGCCACAGUGACCAGUAAGCCAGCCACCCUCACCACCAUGAGUGCAACCAGUAAGUUGAUCCACCCUGAUGAGGAUAUCUCACUGGAGGAGCGACGGGCUCAGUUGCCACGGUACCAGCGUAACGUGCCCAGGCAGGGGCAGGUCCACAUGUCUGCCCCUCCGGUGGCGGCCGUGGGCGGCAUGAUGCCCCCACAGCAGGGCAUGCCCCCCCAGCAGCCUGGCAUGAGGCACCCCAUGCACGGUCAGUAUGGUGGUCCCCCCCAGGGCAUGCCUGGCUACAUGCAGGGCGGGAUGCCUCCGUAUGGGCAGGGCCCUCCGAUGGGAUACCAAGGAGGGCCUCCCAUGGGCAUGAGGCCCCCCGUCAUGUCUCCUGCGGGACGAUACUGAAGAAGUCGCAACGACCUGGCACCUCACUAGGUUUGGUGGUUAAACCUUUUCUCACCUUGUGCUUUUUAAAACUAGCCCAAGCCAAUGAGCAGUAAGACCAACCAGUGAUGGUGAAGAAAAGUAUUGAUGAAAAAAAAAAAUAUAUACGCAGCACACGGACAUUUAACAUGACAUCUUUAAUGGGGGAAAAAACAUAGAAACAACAAAACACACAAAACAACUUGUUGAUAAUGACAACUUUGUCGUUGUGCAGAUUUGAUACAUGUAUGGUGUUUUUCUUCUCAUGUUUCACUCAGGUUUGUAGAAGUGAAGUGUGUUAAAUAUGGUUCAUAUUAUUUUGACUGCUCGCUGCUGGAGUAACAUGAUCGUACCGCCCCCCCCCCCCUUACAAAAAGGCAAGUUUCCUGUAAAUAUAUGAUUUUCUGUUGUGUAGAGUAAGUCGGUGACGAGGCCCUCACAGCACACUUUGUGUGUUGUUGGACGCCCUGUCCCCAACCAUAUGGUUGGUGAGGGUCCUCCUUUAUGAUGAUGAUGAUGAUUCCAACUGUUUAGGAGUUUACCACCAGAUCUAUGGAUUAUUAUCUAUCAGUCUCUAGCUUCAUUCUUAUUUCAGGUUUAUUCCAUGAUCAAAAGGGUAACUUGUGUGGAUUUAUUCUCUGUACUGUUUUAAACAAUCUAUGUUGUAAUAAAACUCACUUAAAAUCCAACACUGUUUUCUUCCUGACCCGUGGCUGGGGAUGAGGCUUCAUGAAGGUUUGUACCAUGAAGGUUAGUACCUUCAUCAUGAAGGUUUGUACAUAAAUGUUGUAUUUAUGAAAUAUUGCUCAAAUAAUAGGAUGUCAACUUUCUAGGUCUGUUUUAAAAAAAAACAUGUUUUAAUAUACAAAUUGUAUUGAUGCAGAUACGUUUAUAGCCUAGACCUUCUUUAAUAGUAAUCCAGUCAUUUAAUACCUGCACCCUGAAUUAGUUUAUCUUCCUCACCUUAGGUUCACUAACAUUUGCAUGCAAGUGCUCUAUGCUGUGUGUUUGUGUGAGUGGUUGAUGAUAAAUAUACCGUUUUACUUGAUGUCAGGUGUAUUUUUCCUAGACCACCUACUCAUGUCCUCCGGUUGUCUAGCUUUUCAAGUCAGAGGUCCUUAUUUGGUGUUCGUUCACUAUGGUGCAUCAGUGUUUCCCCUAUAUGCAUUUAGCAGCAGCACAACGCCGCUGCUAAACCAUGGCCACCACUGCCAAAAUAUUUUUUUUAAUGACUAAAACCAGGAAUAUAGAAACAAUAAUGGAGCGAUAUGUUUUUUGAACUAGAAAUCGCCAAUAUAACUAGACGGGAGUAUCUAAAAUUCCAAAAUGUCAUGACAUAGGUCCCCCUUUGAUUUUGAGUCGUUUAAGAUAAAUUAAGAACAAUGCAUAAGCCAUGGCAAAAUGUGUAGAAUUGCAGGAAAUUAGCUUUAAAACUAAAAUAUUCAUGGCAAAAUGUGUAGAAUUGCAGUAAACUUGUUUUAGAACAGCUGCAGUUUCUCUGGCUGAGGAGGGCCUCUAAAAUGUGCCAUUUGCCAUGCUCACUACCCCCACAUGCUAACUUUGCCACCGCUGUUGGAAAGAAAUACUAGGGGAAACACUGCAUAGCAUAUUAAAAUCGAAAAACCAUUACUUUUAUACUUUUAAGCCCAUGUCUAUUUUGAUGGUAAUGUCCUUAUCUGCUUUUCAGCCUAAAACACAGAUUUCUUGCGAAACAGGUCAGUUAUAUCUGUAAGUACCCAUUCCCUUACCAUAGUGUGGCUGUAUCUUGCACCGGAUGUACCGUUUUAGUAGUAACGAGUUAUUGAAUCUGAAAUCAUGCAUUUUGGGUGUUUUUCCAAGAUUUGUAUGUAUUGUAGAGUUAUUCUAAAGUACUUGCUCAAGAUUUGUGACACCAUUUGGUUGCAUACAAAUGUAAUGAAUGUUGAAUGCUGUGGUGUGCCAUUGUUGCCUCUUUCUGUCUGGUGGUGAAGGGGGCUGUUCGGUGGAAACUGGACACAUUUUUAUCCCACUCAUUUGGUAAGUAGGAUUUCACAUCAGCUUUGAAAGUAUUCAUACCCCUUGUUACAGCCUGAAUUCAAAAUGGAUUAAAUAGAUUCUCACAGAUCUACCCACAAUACCCCAUAAUUACAGUGAAAUCACGUUUGAAAAUAAAAUGCAUAUCUCAUACAUAAGUAUUCAACCCUUGAGUCAAUAUGUUAGAAUCACCUUUGGAAGCCAUUACAAAUGAGUCUUUCUGGGUAAGUCUGAGCUUUGCACAAAUAUAAUACAAUCCAGGUGUGCAAUCUUUAAUUCUUCAAGCUCUGUCAAUUUGGUUGUUGAUCAUUGCAAGACAGCCAUUUUCAAGUCUUGAAGUCUUCAAACCGAUUUGUAAGUCAAAUCUUAACUAGGCCAUUCAGGAACUUUCAAUGUCUUCUUGGUAAGCAACUCCUGUAUAUAUUUGACCUGUGUUUUCGGUUGUUGUCUUGCUGAAAGGUACAUUUGUCUCUCAGUGUCUUGGAAAGCAGGCUGAACCAGGUUUUCCUUUGGGUGUUUUCAUGUGCUUAGCUCUAUUCUGUUUCUUUUUUAUCCUAAACUGCCGUGUCCUUGCCGAAGACUAGCAUACCCAUAACAUGAUGCAGCCACCACCACCACCAUGCUUGAAAAUAUGACGAGGGGUAGUCAUUGACGUGUUGUGUUGGAUUUGCCCCAAACAUAAUGCUUUGUAUUCAGGACAUAAAGUUGAUUUCUUUGCCACAUUUAAAAAAAAUAAAAAUGCUUUAGUCUUCCUGUUCACGCUGUCAUUUAGGUUAGUGUUAUGGUGUAAAAAUGUUUAUCAGUCAUCAGUUUUCUAUCACAACCAUUAAACUCAAACGUUUUAUUGGCCUCAUGAAAUCCCUGAACGGUUUCCUCUCCGGCAAACUGAGUAAGGAAGGAUGCCUGUAUCUUUGUAGUGACUGGGUGUAUUGAUAUACCAUCCAAAGUAUUAUAACUUCACCACGCUCAAAGGGAUAUUCAAUGUCUGCUUUUGAUUUUAAUUUGACCCACCUGCCAAUAGAUACCCUUUGCGAGGCAUUUGAAAACCUCCCUGGUCUUUGUGGUGAAUCUGUUUUGAAAUUCACUGCUCGGCUCGGGAACCUUUUAUCUGUAUGUGUGGGGUACAUGAAUGAGGUAGUUAUUCAAAUCAUGUUAAGCACUAUUAAUGCACACAGUGAGUCUAUACAAUUUAUAUUGUGACUUAAGCAAAAUUUUUACUCCAGGAUUUAUUUAGGCUUGCCAUAACAAAGGGGUUGAAUACUUUGUUUCAAGACGUUUCAGCUUUCCAUUUAAGUAUAAAGUUAAAAAAAUAAAUAAAAAUCCACUGACAUUUUGCAAGCCAGUGACAAUACCACACAAUCUCAAUUGAAUCCAUUUUUAAAUUCAGGCUGGAACACAAAGUACAAAGUCAAGGGGGUGAAUACUUUUGGAAGGCACUUGCUGACGAUGGCAGUUAUAAAAUAAUGAUUGACAAGUUCAUUUGAAAACACUCCCAAACAAUAUGGAAAAAAAGUUUUCCCCAAGUUAUGAUCAUUGUUUACAGAUGAAUAGAUUAUUAAUAAUUAUGGAUUAUAGUAUUUGACCUGUUAGAUGUCGUUCUCAACAAGAGUCCGAACUCGUCUUCCAACUUUCGCAAACAAUGCUCAACUGUCUCGGAUAUGCUGCUGUCAUUAAUACUGUUACUCCACAAUACUCCAUAAAGCUGUUACUAGGAUUAGCUUCACCCUUAUAAUUGAAUUCUCCCCACUUAUAAAAAAUUGUCAACAUACAUCCCUUUUAAAGGGAACAUUGGCCCGUUUGUUCAUUAACUAUACAUUUCACAUAAAGCAAAUGGACAUGUUAUUUCACACGACCAUGUAGGCAGUAUCACAGUUGCUCUCCCCUUGCUGAUGUGCAUACAUGUAUCCUAAUAUAAGAACUCAAAUGUUUUGUAAUCAACACUCACUGUAUAAUAAAUCAUGUGUAUGUAUA